AUGCCUCGGGCCAGGUCGGAAACCAAGACAUUCAUGAACGUUGUGAAGGCGGACUUAAAAUCAGAGAACUCAUCUUCGUCGUUGUCUUCCAACCUCGUGUUUUCACUGGCGGCCAAAGGAAACAAGGAGCGGAAAUUGAACAAGAAGUUUUCGUUGAGGAUUUGGCACUUUGUCGAUCUUUUGAACGAUUUCUCGUCCAACACGUAUUUGGUGAGGAACUCGAUGAUCUUGUUCAAAGUGUCGUACCGCUCCAUCUCCACGUACUUCCAGAAGUUGUUCAUGAUUUUGAAAUUGGUCAACAAUGCUUUUCUAAAGGUGGCAGGGCAUUUGGAACAGAUCGCAAGCCACAAGUCAACAGCAGAACUCCGCAUAGACCCGGCCAACAAAACUUUGCGGUCAAAGUCGUCUCUAGAGGGAACAAAAAUCUUCGGUAGCACCGUGUGGUUGAAGUCGAAACUAUCGAGAAACUCGGAAAAAACGCUUUGGUCAUUAUACUCGCACAAUGCAACGACCAAGCGAGACACACCAGCAACAGCCUCGGGUUUUCUCAAGCCGUACACCUUGUACACCAACUUCAAGUGGUUUUUGCACAAGUCCGAGUAG